UUAUUUGAUAUAUCUUAACUACAAAGCAUACACAAUACUUCACUAUAUAACCCACCCCAUCCUUCCUUCAUCAACUUCUCAUUCAUUUCUACAAUGAAAGACCGAAUGGAACGUCUCAUAAUUUUCCCAUUCAACGCGGGUUGUGUCUCUUCUUCGAGUGUAUCAGUCUGUAUACAACAUGGAAAACGACCAAAGGAACACAUCAACUCGGCUCACUCGGUGUGUAGGUCAAUGGAAGUUGUUAAAGAAGCUAAAGACACAUCGGAUGAUGAGAUGGUGAAGGGUUUGUCAAAGUUUCCCACACCAUCAAAACCUAAUAUAUACAUUGGGUUUCACAGGAUCACUCGAACCAUCAAAAGUUUGUCUCAAUCACUUGUAUUCAAGGAGGAGGUGGAUGAACAAGAAAUGGAGAUGGAGAUUGGCCUCCCUACUGAUGUAAAGCAUGUAACACACAUUGGGUUCGAUGGACCGAUGACCCAUGAUGCCAAUGGUUGCAACCACUUGGCCUUCUCAGAGUUUAUCUCACUAUGCCCUGAUUCUAUGGCUCGGUUCGAUGUAGCACCCGUUGUACCAACAUAUAUAACUCAUGAUACACAAAAUACAUCAUGUAAGUCACCCGAAGUUAAAGAAAAAUGAAAUGUUUCAACACAUAUGAAACAUACUAUUGUACAUAGGAUGGGAUUGCUAAGUAAUUCUAUGAGUUGUAUGAAUACUAGUUAUUGUGUGAACCAAGUUGGCUUUCGUGUGUGUGAUAAUGUCUCGUUAUAGAGAGUUUGAAAUGAUAAAACCUAUAUUAGUUUAAA